AUGCCGCCAAAGAAGAAGGGUCACACCCUCGUGGGACGGCAAAAGGUGUUCCGACAUGCCGUCGAGCAUGUGCGUCUAGGCCUGGGACACACGGUCCUCGGCAACCUCAGCCUCGGCCUUGCAGUCUCGAGUACCAGCGCUGCGGAAGGCAGCUCGACGGCAGGCCGCCCUGCCUUCUAUGUCGAGCUUAAUGAGCAGCUUCUCUCUCACACCUCUAAGGACUUCAAAAAGUUCCGCUGGGAAGUGCUGGAACUGUGCGAGACGAACUCGCUCUUUCAGCUGCACCACCGGCAGCUUGCGCAGAAACUGCUGGCGUGCUUGAUCGACCGCAGAACGCACCACGUCGACGAGACCACUGAUGAGUCGGCAGGCACAAAAAAAAACACGCAAGCCGCGUCGGUGCAGCGGCAGCACGGGGACGGAUCGACGACGCAGGCGUAUGAGGCCUUUGCACGACUGACCAUUGCGUUCGUGCGGGACAUGGGCAGCAAGUUCCUGCCCUACUUUCAGAUUUUUCAGCAGGCAGUGCAGGCUGGCAUGUAUGACCACUAUGGGCACUUGAUCGUUGACACGGCCCGGCUGCAACUAGUGUUCGCCGUGCAGGCGGCGUGGUGUCGCGAGCUGCGUGAGUCCUGGGCCGACCCAGCCCAAGCCGCUCUCGUUCGUCGGGUGAUUCGGCAAUACGUUGCGCAGCUGCACGACACGAAGGAGUACGUGCGGCGGCUGUCGGCGGAGCUGCUCGCCUUUUUAUGUCGUCUGAGCCAUCCUCUGCUGCCGCUGGUGGUGGAGGAGGCUUGUGGUGAUGUGCUGCGCAGCUACGAAGAGACCGCAACUGCAGCGGCAGCCGUGGAACGGGACUGGGACGAAACGAGUAGUCGCGGCAGCGCCAGUGAACGCGAUGGCGACGACGGCCUGGGUGACGAGGAGAGCGACGACAGUCAGAACUCUGUUGAAGCGGCGCCGUCCACUUCAAUCUGGGCGAACGGUGCGCAGCUGCUGGAUUUUGUGCGGACGACGUUGCCACACCAUCCAGUCGUGGACGGACUAACCUAUUUUAUCGGGGAGCUGUUUCGAGGCGUGCGUGGUUCCCUCAGCUCCUCCUUUGAAACCCACUAUGUGCGCCUUUUGCACGCCUUCCAGCUCCUGACGCGGCAAGGCGGGGACUUGGACGAGGCGCGCUCGCCCGUUGAUGUGGUGCGGCUCCUGCACCAGUUUCGACACCCGCUUGCCCCCUUCCUCGACGCGGUCAGCGAGGAGGACGAAGAGGAUGCGGCAGUGCAACACAGGAGGAUGCGGCGGUCUGCCAACCUUCACUCCACGCGCUGGUCUGCCGUGUUUAGCCUGCCAGAUCACGGCGAGGAAGGGGAGGAGGGUGCGACCGUGCUUAGUAACAGUGACGUGCAGGGGGCCCAGUACCUUCUGCGCAACAUCGGCAGCCUAGCACUCGGAAAUGCCACCGCGAUAGUGCUGCGGGAAACUAAGAAGCACUCUGCCUUCCUUCGGCCAGACUCUUCCGACGAGGACAAGCUCGACGGCAGCGCUUCGGCGGCGGCGGCGAAGGAAGACGGUGGCGUCUCCGCCGUGAAGAGCGCCACCAUUCGCCCCAGCCACCGCAUCCUCGCAGCGGCCGUGCUCAGCCUUGACUCGACCUGCUUUUCGCCGUCUUGGCCACAGUACAUUGAUUUCCUUACGGCCAUGAUGGGAUCGGUGAACUUCGCGUUGUGGGUUGACAGUCGUGAGUCAGCGCUACUGCAGCGCCUCGCAGCGCAGCUGCUCGCAGUACUUCGCCACCCACCUUCCAGUGCCUCCUUGGACACUGACGAUGCAAAGGCGCAAGCUGCAGCGGGUGCGACAUCUCUGCUCGAGGUGGCGGCUGCCGUUCUCGGUCUCCUCUCCCCGCUCUGUCUAUCUCCCUGCCUUGGCUCCACCGUGGGCGCCGGUGCGGAUGCGUCUUCGCAUAUCCUGCAGCUGCAGCAGUGGUUUGUGCCGGUUGCCAAGGCAGCGGUGCAGGUGUGCGUCAAGGCGGCCACGAAGGCGUCGCCGCACGUCGCGCAGUGUCACCGCUGUGAACAGGCGCAGCAGAUCCUCUUCGCCUUCGCGCAAGAUGUGCUGCAGAAGAACUACGCUUUCGCCCUCGAGCAAGAGCGACGCAUGGCUGAGGAGGCUGACGCGCGUGAUCUCGCGGGAGGGGAAGGUGGCGCACGUCGUGUUGGCAGCACCGCAGGCCUGCACGACACCCGCGAAGACGCCUACGUGUCGUCCGAUGAUGACGACGCCGAUGGGGAAGAAGCGGGGGGCACCUACGCCGCGAAGCGUGCGCAGCGCCGCAGCGAGCACCUGCGCAUCCCGUCCUACCUUACCCCCUUUGCUCUCACCCUCCUGCACACGAUCGGGAUGGCCCUCUGGCAGGGCGCCACAGCCAACGUGCGCGAGCUGUGCAGUGCAGCCACUCAUACGGCCGAGCCGUCGACCUCACUCGACGAUGCUAUGAUCACCGCGCUGCGCCAGUCAAGCGUACGGCGUGCGGUGCUGCUGAGCCGACUCCUGCAGGACCACACGCAGCACAUGGCAGUGAGCCCGCUGCAACAGCUGCUGCGCCUCAAGUCCAUGCCGUCCACCGCAGUCAAGCGGAACAACACCAAAGGAAACAGCGCCGUUGCAGCAACAGACAAAGAAGUGUCGAUGCGGGACGUACUCGAGUCCAUGACACUGGAGCUUCUCCAGUACUACAAGGUAACGCAGCGCUCAGCACCGUCCUCGACUGCGUCAGAGGCAAUGGCCUACGCGUCUUGCGCCUUGCCGCUCAUCCAGCUGCUGGUAUCCACCACAGUAGCGGCAACGCCAUCCUCGACCUCUCCCGUGAAGGCGUCCCUCCUGAGCCUCUUGCAGAGUAUCGAGGAGCAAGACCAGGAAGAUGCAAAGUCGUCUCGACCGGCAGCGAGGACAGCCGCAGCGGCGUCGUCGUUGGUUCGCGCCACCGUGCUGGACCCAGCUGUCUAUGCCUUGUACGCGGAGGUGGCGGCCAUGCUGUUGCAGCUGACCAUCGGGCCUUCCGCACGCAGUGGCACGAAGCUGCUGAAGAAGGCACUGAAGAAGAGUAAACACGCGGUCGAGGACGAUGUGCACAACGACAGCGCUACACGCGACGAGGAGCAAGAGGGCCUGCGUCACCUUUGCCGCACCGUGGCGGUGCUCGUGCAUGGCUUCCAGCAGCUUCGCGCGGCCACCUCACCCCGUGAAACCUCGGGAAGCAGCAGCACCAACAACCCCGUCGACGAAGACACGGUGCUUGCGGCAGCCACGACCGCCGUGUCGGAUGAGACGCGCGUUCAGCUCCUGCACGGCGCAGAGGUGUUGCUGCACGCUCUGCUCUGGAUGUUCAGUCUCGACUCGAACAGUCAGCUCUACGGGGAGGACUCUGGAACCGGGGCCGCUGCGGUCGCGCAGAUGCGUGGCAAGCCCCCUCUUGCAGCGGAGGCGCUCCCUGCUCACACACGAGCAGUCCUGCGCACCCUGCGUGCGGCGCUGCCAAGUGUCCUUCACACAGCGUUUGUGCAGGAUGUGCUCCUCGAGUGUCUCGCCGCCCCGAUUGCCAGUCUCCGCCUACUGGCGCUGCGGCUGCUACGCCUAGUGUGCCAUCCAUCCCUGGACAUGGCAGACCGUCUGGUCGGUGCUCCAGCAGUGCCGCUCGACCUGAUUGAUGCACUGCUCAGCGCCGCGCGCUUCAACCCGCUCUCGCACACUGGCAAGCUCGACGGCAUGCAGCAGGAGCUAUCACUACUGACAUACCAAGUGGAGUCUGGCACCAUCACACAGCCCUUCCAUCGUCAACUCAUUGCGCGCACAAUGAUUGGUUUUCUCUACAUGAAGUUCACCGGCGCGUGGGAGAUCGCGUCAAAGGUGCUGUGCAGUUUGGUGGCGCAGGAGCAGACGGGUCUGAUGCACGUCAAGGACCUCGACAACGACGACGACGGCCGCGACACUGAGGAGAGGCGAGCUGAGCACGGAGACGAAGAGACCCUGAAAGGUGGCAGUAGUAGCACAAGCCUCGCCACGCCGGCGCAGCACCACAUGCCACAGCGUCUCCGGCGGCUGGAACCGGUGGUGUGGAACUCCGUCGUGGGCGUUUACGCUAGAGUACUGGUCAUGGGUGAUGUAGUCGCCGCCGGUGAUGCGAGCUCAUCGGUGGAGGCGGUGCGCCUGCGUGGGGAUGAACACGCGGUCGCUGACAAUACGGACUACACAGCGGCCGCCACCGCAUUGUGCCAGGCGCAACUGGCCCAGCUGCCAUGCCUCUACGGCAUCCACCUCACCGACCAGCAGCGCCACGUUAAGGGUGAGCUGGUGAGCCGCGCCUUCUCCAGCACGCAGUACAGCACUGCGGCGGUGACUCUGCUGAACAGCACCAAGGCCGAUUACGAGGUAGUACGGUGGGAUCAGCAUUGGAUGCUGUCGCAGCGCUGCAUGAGGAAUUCGGUCGACGCAGCGAAAGCGACGACCAUUGGCAAGCAGCAGCAAGGCACCGGCGUCACCACGGCCGCCUUGUACGCCACCUCCACUGACCGCUCCACUCUUGCCCAGACGUUCCUCUCCAUUAUGGAGGCGAUGGUGAAGUCGAGCUCCGCAAUCGAUCGCAAGGUGCACCUCGUGGAGGAUGUCGUGCUCGAACUUGUCGCGGUGGAGCGCAACCGCCAUGCAAGCGGCGUCGACGGCUCGCAGCUGCGCAACUUCGACCAGCGACUGGAGGUCGCGAUGCGGGCAUGCGCCGCCGCGCCGAGUGGGGUAUUGACGGCCCAUCAGCGCAGGCAUGUAACCGAGGCCGUGCAGCGUGACAUUGACGCCCGAAAUGCGGAGCUGCAGGGCAUAUUCCUAUCGUACCUCUCGGAGGCGAACCCGCGGCUGCAGCGCGUAGCCGUGGACAACCUCAAGCGCCUGCGCGUGGAGCCGUUUCACGCGUAUCACGCAAAGCUCGUCCCGUACUGUGACAGCAUGAAGAACCUCUUCACCUUCCUCAGCACCUUCCACGUCGAGAGCGACGUGCCGACGCACGACGUUGUCGCGUACGUCUCGUCAGCUCUGUCCCUCGCGUUGCCGAAGCUGCUGACGACGGUGUCCAAGAAGAAGCUGAAGGACCAGGCGGUGCUGAGUCGGCGGCUGAUGAGUUACCUCGACCAUCUCACCCCAUCGGCGGCGGUGAGCAGCAGCAGCAGCAGCAGCAGCCCCGGCGCUGCAGCAAAGGACCCUCUUGCAGAGGUGUUUGACCAGCUGCUGCAUCGCCUCUUGUCCUUCGCCAUGCCGGCAUCCACGACGUUGGCGUCUGUGGCUGCUGACGGCGCGGGUGUAUACAACUUUCUCGCCAACGUAUGGGAGGACAUUGUGUACGGAGGGUGCGGCAUGUCGCCGCCGAAAGAGGCAUGUGGCUCCAGUGACUGUGCCGGGGGCACGGCCACGGUCUCGGAGCCGCGCCGGCGCUCCAGCCAUCAUGGUAUUCGACGCCUUGAGCGCUUCCUGAAGCAGCUCAGCAGAGCGCUGCGCCUCCUAGAGGCGAUGCUGCACGCCGUGGGGCAGCGCUUCUCCGUCUACGUGUCAACGUGCCUUCACGUGGCCCUCCAAGCCUACCUUGUAGCGUGCAAGCAGUCGCUGCGUGCACCGGUGGACGACCUGCUUGCGAGUCUCACCAGCCACGAAGCGACGCCGCAGGGGGAGCGAGCGCGGCGGUGGGCUGCGCUGCUGAAUAAGUCACUGGCCACCAGCGCUCUCUCGACAUCUUUGACCCACGUCCGCCGCGCCGCCACGGCGAUUGUGGCGCUGCUGUUCGAGCAGUUCCCUGAGGACGUCAUGGAUGUGCUGCGUGGCAGGAGUGACCCGAGCGUCCGCGGGAGUAGUAGCGCAGUGGGCCAUGCCGCCGCCGCGACAGCACUCCCUCUCUUCACGCGCUAUCUCACCAUGCUGUUUGAGAACUCGAAAGGCACCACGCUGGACGGUGGCAGUGGCGCGCUUGUCAAACGCCCCGGGCGGGGCGCUGUUGCGGUGGCGGCAAAGAGCUCUGUUAGCCCGGUGCUGCGCCUCUUGACGGCGUGGGUCCGCAGCCCGGCCCUUCUUCCGCUCUUUUCCGCCUACCCCGACGUUGCCGUCGGGACUCUGGAGGAGGUGUUCGCCGUGAACCACAAUGCGGCCUCCGUGCACCGUGCCUCGAUGCAGACUCUCAACGAAGGUCUCCGCUGCGUAUCGGAGCUGCUGAGCUGCGCAGAUGAGCCGGUGAACGAGCUCCCCGGUGUACCUGCGGUUGUUGCGGGAAAGAAGGGCGGAGUGUGCAGCAGUCGCCGGCCGGUGAGGACGACGUUUCGGCACGCCUUCCUGGAGAAGCACAUUGUGCGCGUCUUCACCUCCCUCUACACCCUCCUCACUUCUGGCGCCGCGCGAGAGGAAAAGGAAGCCGCGGCGGCAGCGAUGACCACAGUAACCGCGGCAGCGUCAACGGGCUCGGAGGAGCCAGUGGCUGCCCGCGCAGCGCAGCGAAGGUCGUCACGCAGCGGCAAGCCGACCCGCACGGCCUCGCCAAAGGGCCGCCAAAGUGCGCGUGACCGAGAAAGGCCAACGUCCAUCAUGUCCCUCAGUGUGUCCAUGUGGCGAGAGGUGAUGCGCACCAUUGCGCAGCUGUCGCGAUUCCUGCGUGUCGACUCGGUGACGUCGGCAUCGGCGUCCUCGCUGACGAGCAUGCUGAACCGCCUGCUCGAGCUUGCCCUGAAGAUGGUCGCCCACCCCGUGUGCAUGACGGACGCGCCCACAACGCAAAUGGUGACAGGCAUCGCCCAGGCGUUGAUGGAGCAGGUGGCGGAGGUUGACUACCGAGCGCACUGGCAGCCGUUGGUGCGGCUCUUCAACUUGGUCGUCAACCCACAUGCCCGGCACACCCUCUGCGCCAUACUGUCGUUGGCAGUGACAAAGCUCGCACUGCCAACCUCGUCGCCGUCGGACGGCCCGUCACGGGUGGAGUGGUUCCGUCGCCAGCUCGCCGCGGCGGCGCGUGCGGUCGCCUGCCUGAACAGUUUUGAGAACGACGAGGCGUUUGAGCGGUACGAUUUCGAACUGCGCUACCACACCCUGCACUCUCUUCACGAUUUCUUCGCCCACUUCGGCAACUACGGCGCCCUUCACCGCGGCUGUACGGCCAGCAGCAACGGCAAAGGCGGAAGCGGUACCAGCGCGGUGCGGAAGGUGCGCGCGUAUGACGGUGCGGAGGACGUGCAGCUGCCUCUCGACAAGGAGCAUGCGCCGGUGCUUGGGGCCGAGGCAAUGGCAGUUCUGGCCGCGAACGUCGUCUUCUUCCUGCGAGACCCCGAGCAGACAAUCCGCGCGCUUGUGCUGCCUCUGCUGCACUCGAUGGUGCGCUACGCCUCCCUGGGAGGCCAGCGCAGCAGCGGCACUGUAGCACUCACGGAGCAGCAGCUAGCGUACAGGACACAGCUGCUGGAGACUACGCUACGCCACGAGGUUCUCGCCUCCCUGCGGCGCGGCGUCGUGGCCAAGGAUGUUCACAUUCGCUGUGCGCACAUGCAGGCCUUUGAGGGCUUCGGGCGUCACUUCAGCGCUGAGUUCCCAAGCUUCGCCCUGCUGUACUCCCCCAACACGGAGCAGAACUUCUACGCCAACGUCGGCCACGUCCAGCAUAGGUGCCGCCUACACGCCCUGGCGGUGCUGCGGCAGCACGCCCCAGAUAUGAACGUGCGUGACGUGUUGCGCGUCUUUGUGCCGUUUCUGUUGAGCGCUGUGAAGGACUUUGCGGAGGGCAAGCGCAACCAGGCCAACCUGACGGAGGGGCGCGCGCGUGGUUACUGCGACGCCGUGCUGCUCACAGUGAGCUCCAUUGCAGCGCGCCUGCCCUGGAUGGCGUACUACCGCGUGCUGUCGCUCUUCCUCUCGAACGCGAAUGCGAAUGCCAACUUGCGAGCGACGAUGCUGCGCGGCGUGGUGCAGGUGCUCAGCACCUUCCAUUUUCUGGACGACCCUGCCGAGGCCAGCGCCGAAGGUGCGGCGGCCCCCGUUGGCGAUGAUGGGGAGGUGGAGGAAGACGAAGUCAACGACGUGGACGAUGCGGUGCGCGCCGAGCUGUCCGCGAAGCAGCGCGAGUAUCGUCAUGCGAAGGUGAUGCGAGUGCUCGAGGUCGACGUGCUGCCGCAACUGUACAGCUACUUGGGCGACAAGGAAGCGAACAAGGCAAUCAGUGGCCGCGGCGCCGUCAACCAGCACAGCAUUACUGCCGUGCGUCAGGAGCAGGAGCGCGAAGACGCGGCGUCGGCGCGGGCGAAAAAUGCGCUGCUGCAGCUGCCAGUGGCGAUGGCAAUCACAAAGAUUGUAAAGCACUUCCCAGAAGACCGCUUCAACGUGCACGUCGACCACCUGCUCGACGAGCUCAUCAAGAAGCUGCGCACAAAGAAUGACAAGCAUCGGGAGAGCGCGCGCCGAAUCCUUGGUGCGAUGCUGCAGGAGACGGGGCCGUCCAAGCUGAAGUUCGUGGUGACAAAGCUGAAGGACAAUCUCGUUCACGGCUACCAACUUCACGUGCUCGGCUACACACUCGUGACCCUCCUGCACCAGCUCUAUGAGCCGAACAGCAAGCUCCUGCAACCGUCCAAGUCCUCCUCGUUCGCUGCAGUGGCCGCCGCCUCCCACUCGCCCGCUCGUAGUGCUCCUCAUGAUCCAGUGCAGGAGGCCCUUGAGGGAGCAAAGAAACAGCACCAGCGCAACAGCCCGUCAUCGCCCCCGUCGCGCCGGCAGCGCACAGAGGAGGCAUCAGACAAGGAUGGCAAGAGCGGAACAGAGGCGCCACCGGCCGAGGAGGUAGACGAGGACACCGUCGUCGAGCGCGCGGAGGAAGCACUGCUGCAAGAGCUUGGCACCGCCACGCACGCCAGGUUCGACUAUCGGCACGGCAUUGACUGCCUCACAGAGGUGUUGGAGGACCUGCUGCUCAUCUUCUUGGACGACUACCUUGGCGAGGUGGGUGUGCAAAAAGAGCAGGUGGAGGUGAUGAGCACCAUGGUCGAAGUGAAACGCAACCGGGCGUUGCAGGGCUUCGCCUUUCUCGGCAAGCACUGCGACGCCGAGACAGUGAUGAAGGCGUUCCUUCACCGCAUCACCUGGGUGCUCACACCGCCAUCCGACACCGCCAUCAGCGCGGAAGAGCUGCAUGGCAGCGCCAGAGCCCGCGCAUUGCUGGUGCAGGAGAUGAAGAGCAAGUACCUGACCAUCAGCAAGGGCGGAAGUGCGGAUCUGAUUUUCGUGAACAAGGUGCGCCUGCUCGCCGUGCGCGUGGCACGCUCCAUCAUGACGAACCCGACCAUGUCGGUCGAGAAGUCGUUUGAGCAGGUGCACCGCCUGCUCGACCAGCACAAUCGCACGCGCGAGGAGAAGAUCGUCGCGUUCGAGGCAAAGAAUGGCACGCGUCGCAUCCGCGGCAACGCGCACAUCAUCCUGCACACGGCAGUACACCAGAGCCGCAAGGAGCAGCUGGAUCAGAACUUCCUCGUCGCCCCGGUGCCGGAGCGCGUCGACGUCGACUUCAGUGCGCAUACCAUCCUGGCCACGCAGCAGAAGCAGAAGCUGCGGGUGUAUCGCGGUCGGUACGGGAAAGAAGUGAUGGAGGCGGCGAAGAACUUCUACCGCGAGGACCCGGUCACGGCCAUUGUGCUCGACACCCUCGACGAGUUCCUCUUGAAGUUUCUGCUCAGCGUGCUGAAGCAGGUGUUAGGGAUCGGCAAGGAGAAGCGUUACUCGAAGGCGGCCAUGAAGCUGGACAUGCUGCGCCACCACCGUGCGCGGCAGCAGGAGCGGGAGGCAGAUGGGGAGGGUGGUGCCAUGUCAGGCGACGACGAGGGCGUCCAAGACGAGGAGGAUCACGUCGAUGAAGCGCAGGAGGCUAACACAGAGCGCGGAUCGGAGGAGGAUGAGGAGGAAGAGGGUGGCGCAGCGGGCACUGACGCAGUCGAGAACGACGAGAACGUGGAUGGGCUGGGGACGUUUGCGGAGGCGCAGGCAGUGGCAGAAGGGGACGCGAAGAACGUUGCCCGUCAGGCGCGUGGCGAGGCACACCUGGCCACGGCCCUCCUAGCUCCUGGAAGCGAUCUCACGGUCACCUUCACGCGCGAGCACCGUGACCUGCUCGAGUCGCUCGUCCCUGCCGUUCUUACUUGCCUGCAGGGCGAGGGCAGCGACGCGGUCGUGGCGAACGCGCUCGAUUGCCUGCUCGCACUUGUCUCCCUGCGACCACCGCUCGACGCUGUCAACGGGCUGCAGAAAGAGCUCUUCGAGACCGUGACCAGCUUCAUUGAGCGCGGCUCUGUUAUCAAGCAGCGAGCCAUCCGCCUCACGGCGGCCAUGGUAGCUCACCAGAAGUACGUCGUCUCGGAGUCCAACGCAGUUCAGCUCGUGAAGCUCGUCCGUGCUGAGCUGAUGGAACGGAACGAGUACAUGUCUGUUUCCCUUAGUCUCCUCUACGCCGUCCUCGGCAAGCACGUGCACAUCGCUGAAGUAUACGACUUGAUGGACAUCAUCACAGAGCUGCUGCUGCACUGGAGCGCGCACCGCGUCAUUCGGCGCCGUUGCAUCCUCAUCCUUGUCCGCUUCCUCCUAGAGUACCGCCUGACGCCGGAGAAGUUCAAGUCGCACAUCGACCUCUACUGCCGCAACCUCGACUACCCGGAGCUGACGGGGCGCACGGCGCUGCUGGAGCUGCUCGACGCGCUCAUUCUGCGACUACCCGCUGUCAUCCUGCGUGAGGAGGCGCCGGUGCUGCUAGUGCCGCUAGCGGCGACAGUGACGGGCAGUGAAUGGGUCGAGUGUCGCCGGCAGGGCGGCACCGUUCUCCAGCACCUGGCACGCUGCGCCGGCGUCGAUGUACUGGUCCCUAUCCUGUCGUCGUGGAUGACCGCUGCGCAGCCGCGGGCGACGCGCAGCAUGGGUGUGCAAACGUGGGCCGCCAUUCUCCCUGCGCUGGCAGAGUUCUACGAGCUCGGCGCCGACCAGAGCGGCGAAGACGAAGACGGCGACGAGGACGCAGCAGCAGCCAAGGCGCAGAACCGUGCUGCCUUCCAGGCCUGUUGCGCAUGGUCAGUCGAGGCUGUGCUUGACGGAUGCAUGUUCGAUCAACUCGCUGCCGCGCGUCGCAACAAGCAGCUCAAUCAGCUAUCCGCGAAGUCGCGUGAAAAGGUGGAGAUGGAAGGGUGGACGUACAUCUUCUAUAGCCUGCGCGCCGCGGAGACGAUGCUGACAGCGCUGCCGCACGAGCUGUACCCGCUGCUGGCGUCACGCCUCCUACCCCACAUCACCGAAGUGCUCAUUCUGCACACCCAUCCGUGGGUGCGUGCGGUGGCGAUGCGGGUGUUGCGACACUACCUCUACACCUACGUCGAACGCCACUGUCACUACCUGCAAGAGGACGCGUGGCAGGAGUCCGCAUGCCAGCAGGCAGACAGUGACCCAACCGACGACGACGCCACGGCGAGCAAAAGCUGCGGCGACGUAGCCGCUCUCCUGUUCGUCACAGAAGCGGCAAGCAUGCCCUCAAAGGCGGCCGUCGCACGAGCCUUGCAGACACUGCACGCCUUCUCCAGCCUCCUGAAGCGUCUCCUCGGUAUCGUGAGCACAUCUGAUGUGGCGAUGGAGAUGUACAACGCCCACAGCGCCAUUGCCAACCCCUUUCGAAGCGAGCUGCUCAAGGUCGCCAUCUACGUGCUGCGAGCCCAGGUCCAACUGGCGCUCUUCGCUCUGACACGCGCCGCCGCGACCGGCCGGCACCGCUACCAUCGAGAUGUUCAGCAGCGUGUGCACACCGUGUACACAUCGCUGCAGCAUCAGCUCUGUUCUCUCACCUCUCCAGUGGUGCAGCAGGAAAGCCUUGUGAACUACAUGGUACGCAGCACCACGCUACUGCAGCUGUUUGGCGGCUGGGCGUCGGUGCUGCCGCACGAGGUAACGGCCAAUGCCAGUGACGACGCGGAGCCGAACCUGGCAUACAGCGUUCACAACACACAGGUGCGGUGGCUGACGCAGACCCAACUCUGCUCAGCGGCGCUGCUACGCGAGUGUGUGGUGCCGUUGCUCGGGCUAGGACUGCGGGCGAAGCCGAUCUCCGAGAAGAUCUCGCUCAUCGCCUUUCAGGUGACCGGGGUUGUGGUGCAACAGCUGGAGGGGCACCGCCACGAGCUGGCCGCGCCGGUUCGAGCGGACGCAUCGGUAGCGAAGGAGGACGAUGAAGCACCGCUAGGCAAGAAGCGCUCACGCUCUGCGGCGGCGGUGGCCGCAGCUGACGACAGUGACGAAGCGGAUGCGGCUACUGCUCGUGUGCCCUUGGAUAAGGUGCUCGUGACACUCAAGACACAGCUUGCCAGCAUCCACGAGGCUCGCCGCGAUCAGCAAGUGACGCAGAACACAAAGAAGGCUCUGAAGCGCAGCCGUCGCCAGAUGGAGCGGGAGGAACGCAACCAGAUGCAGCAGUCCCGCCGCAACGCUUAG